GGGCUCACAUUAUCACGUGUAUGGGAACAUUAUAUCUGAAAAGCGCAUAUUGAUAUGCAUUACAAUAUGAGCCGACCUCCUAUGAGUUAAAUGCUUGCGGGUUUCACUUCUGAAUAGACGGCGGUAUAAUUAGGAACAUGAUUCAAUUGAUUAAGGCUAACUGUAGAGCCGAUACAGUUCAUAGGUAGUGUUUUCAAUACUUAGGCUUGGUCCACGCCAUUAUUACAUUACAAUUGUAGCUUAGGUUUUAUCGUCAAGUAAAUUCCUUCCAGGACAAUAAUCACCGUGGGCCAUACGGCCGAUAUUGAUCCGUGUAAGGUGGCUGGGUAUUAUAAUGUAGGUACGUCUUGCCGAGACCACUUAUAACAUAAAGCCUAUAUGUUUCUGUAAUAUCAUACACCUUGCUGUUGCUGCUGUUGUGCAUACAGGUUGCAUGUGACAUAUUUAAGUAGGACACCGUGUGCAUAUCGCGGCAAAUUAUGCUCAUUUUAUAAUAAAGAUUUUUAUUAAUAAAACGACGCAUGGCUGCUCUCUAAUUUAUCUGUUAUAGGAGUGUUCAGUCAGCGUAAGGUGAUCACAUAUGUCGAGACGACCUAACUACCUAUAAACAUAUUUGUAUUAUAACCGCACGUCGCGGCGGGGUACGAGUCUCUUAUUCAACACAUGUACAUACGGACUUGGAUCAGCGCACACGGUUUAAACUAAACCGGUUUAAUAGGUUUUAGCUGAAGUGUCUGGCUUACCAACAGUAGUUGUUAGAGAUUAAUGCAUCUACUUCCUAGUGUAUUAUUUGCCCAGGUCAGUGAAAUACAGUACUGAAAGUAGAUCCGCUGAGGAUAUGGUAUAUAAUUGACAAUGUAAUGUGUAAAAGUUGAAGGACAUGUUAGUCUACGAAAGGUUUCCAUUCAUGAUAUAGUUGGCGUAGUGGUUUCAAGGAUGGUUAAUAUUCACUACAGGGUUAAAUAUGUCUAAACUGUCUCGUCAUGGUGUAUAACGGGAUCGUGUCAAGGAAGGCUGUUUCUCCCAUACAGGACUGGUGCCCCGAGGUAUGGAAUCUCAUCUACCUCAUCUUCGUCCUCCUGGCCAUCGUGGUCUUCACCCUGUCUUCCGUCCGGGAACUGCGGGUGGCGAAGCCAAACAUCAACAACAUCACUGCAAACGGCCCCUACAAGAGCUUCCGCGCGCUGAUAGAGAGUGACUUACACGUCAUUCUGUACUACCUCGAUCUGUCUUGCAUCGUCUUCUUCACCCUCGAGCUGCCCCUCAGGUUCGCGGUCUCACCAAGCAAGAAGACCUUCUUCCGUUCCUUCAUGAACCUGGUUGACCUAGUCCUUGUGAUCAUCAUGUGGGGGUCUUUCUGUCUGGACGAGAUUGUAUUGAAGAACAACCAAUCACAAGAGAUUACCAUCAUCGUAAUUGUUCUGCGGAGUUUACUGUCUCUGCGGAUAUUACGUAUUUUCCAUAUAGCCCGGCGGUUUGACAGCAUGAAGGUUCUGUUUCUCACGUACAAGGCAAGCGUCAAGGAAAUCUUCAUGUUGUUCACGGUGCUCAUCAUUGCCAUCAACAUAUUUGGAACACUGGCCUAUUUCGCUGAGGUGCUAGCAGAAACAAACACGUUUGAGAACAUCCCAGUUGCUCUGUGGUGGGCUAUUAUCACCAUGACGACAGUGGGAUAUGGCGACUAUUACCCAGAGUCCAUCCCAGGCUAUAUAGUAGGUAUCAUCUGUGCCCUGGCAGGGCUUGUGACGCUCUCCAUGCCGAUCGCAAUCAUUGCCACAAACUUCAGUGCCUACUACUCCUGCCUGCCUUCUAGGAAACAGCGCCACCGGAGAUGUGCCUACAUGCGCAAACAGGGAGAGCUAACUGUCGAGAGAUGCGAGAGUCUACACCAGAUGGAGGGUGAGGAGGUUACAAAGGGCAAUGUUGCAAACGGAUCGAAAAUAGUAGUAGUUGGAAGUGCUGUCGAUGAUACGGGGACUUCGACCACUCAUUUCUAGCUGGGAUUGAUUAAGAGCUCAAGCUUCAAGUCGAACACCAUGUCACCAAUGGGUGGAUACCGAUAUGAACUGUGGGGCUGUUGCUUGCUCCUCCCACCGUGUCAGCCCCUCUCAGCCCCUGUCACCCACCACCAACACUCACUACCCCACCACCAAUACUCAUUACCCCGCCACCCACCCCUACAAUAUCCCAGAACCACUUCCUGCCACAAUUACUGAAUGACCCACCAGAUGUGUUUACAUGGUUUGUGUUAAGUGUAACUUUAUUAUACGGAGAUACAUGGACACAUGUGUAUAAAUUCCAAAGGAAAGAACAUGUUUUACUUCCGGCCUUUAUGCCACGUGUUCAAACAUUUAUCAGCUCACAGGAUGCAGAUUGUUCCUUGUUUUACUGAUUACACUUUUAGUGCAGCAUGUUCUGGAAAUUGUUCACAUUUCUAUGCACGCACGAUUGCAAUGGUUGUGAUAAAUGUUUUAUUUCACCUCAA